AGUAUGUUGUUGAUAGACACGAUAGAGGAGGAGACGGAGAUCCCGGAUCUAGAGGAUGAUAGCAGUGAGGAGGAGAUAGAUCAGAUUACCGAGGAGAAGACAGCCAAGAAGAAGUUGAAACAGAGAGUAAAGGCUCUUCCGAAGAAAAGGAAGAAAAAGCCUGAAUUCUCGAGUGACUUCAACUGGGAAGAGGCUGAUUUGAACAUGGACGAGAUCGAAGAAUCGUUCGAGAAGAAAAUGGCUGCUCUCUCCAGAGGUAAGAUGAGACUUCAGGACAACACAUCAGCUAAGUUAACUGCACUUUCUAACGAAGUGGAGAUUUCAGACCAUUCGGACGAGGAGAAGGAGGAAAAGCAGGAGGAUAUUAAUCAGAACGAAAAUAAUACCCCUGAGCAGGAAUUAGAAUCUGCUAAAAAUGAAAAAUCAAAGUUCUUCACCGAGGCACCUGAACAAGACAUGAACAUAAAAUUUUCCGAGAUGAACCUCUCUAGGCCGAUACUGAAGGGCGUGGCUGCAUUGGGAUUCGCCCACCCCACACCAAUACAAGCCUCAGCUAUACCUCUAGCCCUGCUGGGUAAGGAUCUGUGCGCAUGUGCAGUGACUGGAUCAGGGAAGACAGCUGCUUACGUACUGCCUAUACUAGAGAGGCUACUCUACAAGCCUAAAUCUGGGAGUGUCACUAGAGUCCUUGUUAUGGUCCCUACCAGAGAACUAGGCAUGCAGGUAAGUUCAGUGAUCAACAAGCUAACGAGUGACAUGUCCAUCACACAAUGUCUCUGUGUGGGGGGCACGGACAUUCGGUCUCAAGAGGCUAACGUACGACAGGGUCCCGACAUCAUUGUGGCUACACCGGGACGUCUUAUCGACCUACUGUACAACACACCCACCUUUACUCUGGAUACUGUCGAGAUACUGGUCAUUGACGAGGCGGACCGCUGUCUGGACGAGCAUUUCCAGGAGCAGAUAAACGAGAUUGUGAAGAUGUGUAGUCCUGGAAGACAAAGCAUGCUAUUCUCUGCAACCAUGACUGACGAGGUGAAGGAGCUGAUCUCCCUGUCCCUUAACCAACCUAUCAAGUUAUUUGUAAACAAGAACACGGAGGUUGCUUCUGGACUCACUCAAGAGUUCAUUAGAAUAAGGGCUACUCAGGAAAACCACAGAAUAGGAAUUAUCUGCGCGCUUGUGUGCAGGACUUUCAACCAGAAUGUCAUGGUUUUUGUACCCACUAAAAAGUUGGCGCAUGAGCUCCGUAUAAUUUUGGGUCUCUUGAAGAUAAAAGUAGACGAGUUGCAUGGCAAUCUGACUAUGGCACAAAGAAUAGAAGCUCUGACCGAGUUCAAGAACGGUAAAACUGACGUGCUGGUAGCCACUGACCUGGCGUCUCGUGGACUGGAUAUAGAAGGAGUGAAAACUGUAAUCAACUACAACAUCCCUUCAAACGUGAAGCAAUACGUUCACAGAGUGGGGAGGACUGCUAGAGCUGGCAAGUUUGGGAGGUCUAUCACUCUGGCUGGAGAACAAGAGCGGAAACUGAUGAAGGACAUCGUAAAGCAAUCUAAAGAUCCCGUAAAGAACAGAGUUGUACCGCCGGAAAUAAUCAGUAAGUACGUACAGACUUGUUUACUGUUGAAAGAUACUGUCUCCCAGUUUCUGAAGCAAGAGGGCGAAGAUAAGGCUAUGAGGAUAGCUAACAUGGAAUUAAACAAAGCUCAGAACAUGAUUAAACACGAGGAUGAGAUAUUCAGCAGGCCCGCCCGACACUUUAUGAAGACUGAAAUCCCCAAAACUAAAACUCAGAAGAAGAAGAAGAAAGAGCUGCAAGGCGACGAUUUUGAAAUGAAGAAGGAGCGAUCGUUUGUGAAGCGAGAUGCGAGGAGAUCUACUAGACCUCAGAGAAUCAGAGCAGUGGUUGAGGAAGAGCCCAAGAAGAAAAAGGCGAUAAAAAGAAAAGCUGGAUUCACGGAAGAGUUGACUGCGACGAAGAAAGCUAAGAAAGGUCCAUCAGAGCUGAAACCUAAAGGAGCUAAAGAGCCUUUCAGAGAAAAAAAGUUGAGAAAAUCUGGGAAACCGGGCGCUGGGAGUUUCAAAUCAAAACGGAAAUACAAACGAAGAAAAUGAUUUGUUUUUUAUGAUAAUCAGUUUUAUUGUUAAAACUCAAAGUCGUGGCGCCCCACUGUGAUCUGUAUUCUUCACUUUUAUUCCAACCAUUUGACCAAGAUUUUAUUUUUACGGUAGCCAGGGUUUGAGUUAAAUUAAUUUAUUAUCUAUUCUAGAUGUAAUUUUUUUGGUAUGUUCGUCUGUAUCACGCUCAUUUCUAAACUUAAUUUGGAGCCACUUACAUGCUUUUUGGCCAAAAUAGCCUAAUCUUUAAUGUUUAUAUCAAAUGUUGGAACUAGUUAAAUAAGAAACCAUGUUAGGUCAUAGUAUUCUCACGACCUAUAUAUUAUAUCCAGGAGUACCCUCGGUCAAAAUCUAUUAUUUGCCAAAGAUAUCUUUCCUUCUUCGCUCCUUUGAUGACGAAUAAUCUAUCAGUAUUAAUGAAGAACUCCAGGGGAUUAUGUUUCUUUACAAGUUGUAUCCAAAUAUGGUCAGUGCGAACAUUUUGGAGUGUAUAAUACAAAUUCUAUACGAACUUCAGAAAAUUCGACUCAUCGCAAAUUCUAAAACUGGGCGUGGCCCAAAAAUGGGCAUUACCGCAGAUACCACAUCCCGUUGAGUGCGUAUCCAAAAUAUUGACCUGCCCUCACAUUUUCAAUUAUAACA